AUGGCGGCUGCGGCGGUGGCGCCUCCCGAGGUCCUUCGGGAAUGCGGCUGCAAGGGCAUCAGGACCUGUCUGAUCUGCGAGCGGCAGCGCGGAGGUGACCCGCCCUGGCAGCACCCCUCGCAGAAAACACACCGGUUCAUUUACUACCCCGACACCGGCUGGGCCGUGGGGGCCGAGGAGUCUGACUUUGAAGGCUGGGCCUUCCCCUUCCCGGGCGUGACCCUGAUCGAGGACUUCGUGACCCCGGAGGAAGAAGCCGAGAUGGUGCAGCUGAUGGACCGCGACCCCUGGAAGCUGUCCCAGUCUGGGCGGAGGAAGCAGGACUACGGCCCCAAAGUCAAUUUCCGGAAGCAGAAGCUAAAGAUGGCCGGCUUCCGAGGCCUCCCCAGCUUCAGCCGGGAGGUGGUGCGGCGGAUGGGCCUGUACCCCAUCCUGGAGGACUUCCGGCCCGUGGAGCAGUGCAACCUGGACUACUGCCCGGAGCGGGGCUCGGCCAUAGACCCCCACCUGGACGACGCCUGGCUGUGGGGGGAGAGGCUGGUGAGCCUCAACCUGCUGUCCCCCACCGUGCUCUCCAUGUCCCGGGAGGCGCCCGGCAGCCUGCUGCUCUGCCUGGCCCCAUCCGGCUUCCCGGAGGCCCUGGCGGACGGCGCGAUGGCCCCCAGCCGGUCCGUCCCGUGCCAGGAGGUGGAGGUGGCGGUUGCCUUGCCCCGCCGCUCCCUGGUGGUGCUCAGGGGAGGCGCGCGGCACCAGUGGAAGCACGCCAUCCACCGGCGAGACGUCAGGGCCCGGCGCGUGGGCGUCACCUUUCGGGAGCUAUCUUCGGAGUUCGGCCCCGGAGGGAAGCAGCAGGAACUGGGGCAGGAACUCCUGCAAAUGGCGCUCUCCUUUCAUGGGAGACCCACCACGUGA